AUGAUCGGCGAUUCGCGUUACCACGACUUGCUCCGUAGCUAUCCAGAAAUAACUCGUCCAGCUGUAAUUCAAUGUGUAGCACCCCACAGCACUGUCCAUCAUAUUAGGACUACGCCAGGCCCACCAAUCAGUUCCACACCACGCCGAUUAGCGCCAGACAAACUCAAGGUAGCAAAACAAGAGUUUGAAUUAAUGAUUAAAAACGGAAUAGCACGCCCAUCUGAAAGCGCUUGGUCGUCUCCAUUGCACCUCGCACCGAAAAAGGAAAAUGGAUGGCGUCCAUGUGGCGACUACCGGAUGCUCAACGCCCGCACAAUCCCAGACGGCUAUCCCAUCCGAAAUAUCCACGACUUUACCCAUAACAUAUCUGGUUGUACAAUAUUUUCAACAAUAGACUUGGUGAAAGCGUACAACCAAAUUCCGGUUAGUGAAGAGGAUAUACCAAAGACGGCAAUCACAACACCUUUUGGCCUCUACGAGUUCCGGUACAUGACGUACGGCCUUAGAAACGCAGGCCAAACGUUUCAGAGAUUCGUCGAUGAACUGACUAGAGGUAUGGAUUUUUGCUUUGCCUAUUUGGACGACUUUCUCAAUUUCUCCAAAGACGAAAAAUCACACAAAGAACAUCUUCGUCAGUUAUUCGACAGACUCAAAGAAUACGGAACUGUCAUAAAUACAUCUAAGUGUGUCUUUGGAGCAAAGGAGGUAGUAUUUCUCGGAUACAAGGUAUCGGCAGAAGGAUUAAUGCCACUCGAAACCAAAGUACAAGCCGUCCAAGAUUACCCGAUACCAAAGACGGUGAGAGAACUUCGUCGAUUUUUAUGGAUACUGAACUUCUAUCGCAAAUUCAUCCACGGUGCGGCAAAAAUUCAAGCACCACUUCAUGCCCUAUUGACAGGACGAGUGAAAGGUUCUCAUCCAGUAAACAUUUCUGGCGAUACAAAGACAGCUUUUGAAAACUGCAAAAGAAGCUUAUGCACAGCUGCUCUUCUGGCACAUCCAGACUCAGAUGCAAGACUCGCAUUAGUAACUGAUGCAUCGGAUACCGCCAUAGGCGCAGUUCUGCAACAACGGAAGCACAAUUGUUCGCAGCCAUUGGGUUUCUUCUCUCGGAAACUAAGUCCAACGCAAAACAAAUAUUCUCCGUAUGAUAGGGAACUGCUUGCAAUCUACGAAGGUAUCCGAUAUUUCCGACAUAUGCUUGAAGCCAGACACUUCACAGUGUACACAGAUCAUAAGCCUCUUUGCUUCGCUUUUAACACACGGAAAGACAAAUGCUCUCCACGGCAAUUCCGACAUCUGGACUUUAUAUCGCAAUUUACCACGGACAUUCAGCAUGUAUCAGGUAAAGAUAACGUCGUGGCGGAUGCACUGUCCAGAAUCCAAGAAUUAACAUAA